GCGGUGGUGGAUUUUAGGGUUCCAAUUCCGCGGCAGGACACAGGAGGAUGGCGACGGAAGAGACAACGACCACGCCGCUGGUCAAGCCCAAGAGCGCGUACGCCCACUUCCAGAAGCAUGUCAUGAGCUCGAUCCGCUCCGAGCUGAACCAGGUCGGUAGCGCCGGCAACGACGCGUCGAUCGCGGCCCAGGUCGAUGGGGCCGGUGUCGACCUCGGUGUCGUCCAGCGCGAAGUCAGCGCGCGCUGGGCCAACCUGACGCCGGAAGAGCGUGAACCGUACUUGGACGCAGCCCGCGCCGACCGGCUGCGCUACGAAGAAGAGUGCUUGGCGCGCGAUCGUCAGGUGGAAGAAGAGCGCGCGCGGAAGCGCGAAGAGCGCGACCGCAUUGACGGCAAGCGCGAGCGCAAGCCGACCGCGGCCGAAGUCGCGCGUGAAAAGAAGCGGCCGGCCAAACCGCUCACGGAAGAGCAAGUUGAGUCGAAGCGCGCACGUCAGGAGCUCGUGAGUCAAGCCCGGAGCGAACGGGACGCGCUCCGUGCAGAGGAGCAGCGCCAGAAGGACGAGCUCGCAGCGAAAAAGGCCGGGUCGGCCUCGGCGCGACUCCAGUACCUCCUCUCACAGAGCGACAUCUUCAAGCACUUUGGAGUCACGGAGCCGAAGAAGACAACGACGUCCAAAAAGGCCAAAAAGUCCGAGCGGGAAGAGGACGACGAGCUCCUCCACGACAAGCACGACACGGUCCGCCUCACCGUGCAACCGAGCGUGAUCAAGUUUGGCACGAUGCGGCAGUACCAGCUCGAAGGCCUCAGCUGGAUGGUCAACCUCGCCAACCAAGGGAUCAACGGCAUUCUCGCCGACGAGAUGGGUCUCGGGAAGACGCUCCAGACGAUCUCGGUCCUCGGGUACUUUAAGGAGUUUCAGAACGUCUCGGGCCCGCACAUUGUGCUCGUGCCCAAGUCGACGCUGAGCAACUGGCUCGCCGAGUUUGCGCGCUGGUGCCCGUCGCUCCGCGCGGUCAAGUUUCACGGCGACAAGGACGAGCGGCAGCGCAUGAUCGACGACGUGCUUUGCCCCGGCACGUCCAACGAUGACCGGCGCUUUGACGUGUGCGUCACGACGUUUGAAAUGUGCUUGAAGGCCAAGACGACGCUGUGCAAGUUUGCGUGGCGGUACCUCAUCAUUGACGAAGCGCACCGCAUCAAGAACGAGUCGUCGCAGUUCUCAACCGUCGUGCGCAUGCUCGCGACCGAGCACCGCCUCUUGCUCACGGGCACGCCGCUCCAGAACAACCUCCACGAGCUCUGGGCGCUGCUCAACUUUUUGCUGCCCGACGUCUUUAGCUCGUCCGAGCAAUUUGACGAAUGGUUCAACUUGGACACGGAGGACGAAGAAGCCAAGAAGCAGAUGAUCACGCAGCUGCACCGGAUUCUGCGACCGUUCAUGCUCCGCCGCCUCAAAGCUGACGUCGAGAAGAGUCUGCCACCCAAGAAGGAAACGUUGCUCUUUGUGGGCAUGACGCCGAUGCAGAAGGCUCUCUACAAGACGCUGCUCUUGCGAGAUAUGAACACGCUCACGGGCGGCACGACGGCCUCGAAAAGCGCGCUCCAAAAUAUCGUCAUGCAACUGCGCAAGUGCUGCGGCCACCCGUACCUUUUCGAGGGCCAAGAAGACCGGACACUGCCGCCGAUGGGCGAGCACCUUGUCGACAACUGCGGCAAGAUGGUCCUCAUGGACAAGCUGCUGCGUCGCCUCAAGGAGCGCGGGUCGCGUGUGCUCAUUUUUUCUCAAAUGACGCGUGUCCUCGACAUUAUGGAGGACUAUUGCCGCAUGCGCCAGCACGAGUACUGCCGCAUUGACGGGCAAACGUCGUACGACGAGCGCGAAGCGUCGAUCGACGCGUACAACCGUCCGAACUCGUCCAAGUUUAUCUUUCUUCUGAGUACGCGCGCGGGCGGUCUUGGCAUCAACUUGUACACGGCCGACAUUGUCAUUUUGUACGACUCGGACUGGAACCCGCAGGCCGAUCUGCAGGCGCAAGACCGGGCCCAUCGCAUUGGCCAAAAGAAGGAGGUCCACGUGUACCGCUUUGUGACGUCCAACUCGGUCGAAGAAAAGAUCAUUGAGCGCGCGCAGCAAAAGCUCAAGUUGGAUGCCAUGGUCGUGCAGCAAGGUCGUCUCCAGGAGAAGCAAAAGAACCUUUCGAAAGCCGACAUGCUCGACAUGAUUCGGUUUGGGGCGGACGAAGUGUUUCGUGCGAACGACGACCAGCAGAUCACGGACGACGACAUUGACGCGAUCUUGGCCAACGGCGAAGCGCGCACGGAAGAGAUGAACCAAAAGAUGCAAGCGCAUGACAAGGGCGACUUGCUCAACUUUAAGCUCGACGGCGGCAACAUGCAGGUCGUCGACGGCGUCGACUACUCGAAAGAGAAGGAACGCCUUGAAGAGCUCAAGCGUCUCGCCGACCUCGAGUUCGCCAAGACGCUGGCUGACGGCAUGGGCAAGCGUGAGCGCCGCACCGUGCUCAAGACGGACGAGGUGUCGAGCAAGGUCAAGGCGUCCAAGCUCAAACAGCUCCCCAAGGCGCUUCGAUUGCCGCGCAUGGACGAGUGGCAGUUUUUCCAGCGCCACCGCCUCGUCGAGCUCCACGAAAUCGAAGUCGCGGCGUACGAGGCUGCCAAAGCGACGUCGCACGAUGACCUCAAGGACGCCAACUUUUUGUCGCCCGAGCUCCAAGAGGAAAAGGACGCGCUGCUCCGGGAGGCGUUUGCGGACUGGAACAAGCCGCAGUUCUUCCUCUUCGUCAAGCUCUUGGGGCGGUACGGCCGCGCCAACCUCACGGCGGUCGCGCGCGAGAUGAGCAAGCCGCUCGAUGAAGUCACGCGGUACGCCGAGACGUUUUGGCGCCGCGGCCCCGAGCUCAACGACUGGGAGAAGCUGCGCAAGUCGAUCGAGAAGGGCGAGUCGAAGCUUCUCGAGAUCGAGCGCCUUGCCGAGCAAACGGCGCUCAAAGUCAAGCGCUACGAGAACCCGCUCGAGGACCUCGUUAUCAACUACCAAGGCAAAGGCGGGAAGCUUUUCACGGAGGAGGAAGACCGGCUCUUGCUGUGCCUCGUCAACACGUACGGGUAUGGCGCGUGGGACAAGAUCAAGCGCGAGAUCCACCAAGCAGACGUGUGCACGUUUGACUACUACCUCAAGAGCCGCAGCUCGGCCGAGCUCGGGCGUCGCUGCGAUGCGCUCAUGCGCAUUUGCGAAAAGGACAACUUGGACUUUGAGCAGAAAGAGAAGCGCGAUAGCGCGCUCAAGGCCGAGCUCCAGCAACAGCGCAAAGACCUCGCCGAGCGUAUCGCGGCGGCCAAGGCCGACCUCAACCGGAACCAAGCGCGCGUGGACGAGAUGAUCAUGAAGGAAGCCAAAAAGAUGCAAGCGCAGCGCGAGGCGAAGCGCGCCAAGAAGGAAGGCAAGGCGCCGGCGGUGGAAAAGAAAGCGUCGGCGACCGACAUGAGCGAGAGCCUCGUGGAAGAGCUCGUGCAGAUGAUUGCCACGUCGUCGGACAAGGAAGCGUCGACGAUCGCGCUCAAGUUUUGCGCCAAGCACGUCAAGUGCCAGCUGAGCUCGAUUUUGCAGCAGAUUCAGCACAUUGCGACGCCGAUGGCCAACGCCAAGGAAGGCCAGCCGUCCUGGGACAUCCACAUGGACUAUUUGAACUACCUCCCGACCAAGAAGCGACCAGCGUCGGUGCUGACGUCCGAUGAGCAGCAAGGCGACGCAAAGCGCUUGCCCAAGAGCCCGUGGUCGCCAACGGCCAUGAAGCAAGCGUCGACGCCAACCAACAGCAAGAAAGCCAAAAAGGCGCUGAGAACAAGAAGCCCGUGAAGAAGCCGCGGAGCGCAUACGUUCUUUUCAGCCUCGCCAAGCGCAACGAAGUGCGUGCGUCGAUGCCCGAGGGCACGGGCAUCGUGGAGCUCAUGUCGAAGCUCACGGACCUCUGGCUCGCCAUGACGGACGAGGAGAAGGAGCCGUGGAACGAGGCCCAGGAGACGGACAAAUUGAGAUACGAGCGCGAGAUGCGAGAGAACGCGUAGUAGGUCCAUAUAAAGUGCAUAUGCCACCGAACGUAUGUAUAUUUAUGUGAAG